AUGGCUCGCUCGGGUGAACUUCAGGAGCUCGUGAAGCAAGGCAGAUCUAGUAAAGCUGGUGCUGUGGAUGUGACUUUAGAAGGAACUCCUCCUCCUGACGAAGAACAACAGCUAGUACCAACAACAGAAGUGGCGCAGCCUUUGGUACAUGAGACGAUCAGAGCAGAUGACAACAGUCAACAAGGAGAAGGACAAGAGCACGUCCCCUUGAGAGAGAUUCGUGUGCCAGCACCCGUGAUAGCUGACGAGGAUGCGGAUUCCGCGACCAUCGACUCGGUCAGUGACAAGCCUCUCUCAAGCAAGAGAAAAUCAGAAGAGCCCAGAUGUGAUGACGGUCAGAACAAGAAGAAGAUGAUAGAAGAAGACAGAGACAAGAAGAAGAAACCAACGGGGCAGAAGAGGACAGUCGUUGACACAGAUCAAGAACGACUGGAGAGGAUCGCCAUGCAGACCAUGAGAAGACUGGAUAGAGAAGAGAAGAUUCGGAGGUUGCGCGACAGGGGAGAGAGCGCGCCCGAUCUCUCGAAUUCGAGCGCUUCGGCAUCAUCAAUUCCUUCCGGUUCAGCAUCCUCAACAAGACCAGAUCUAGACAAAAUUCAGGAAGAAGAAGACGACAAGGAAACCUCCGAGCAGAAAGAAGAGCUCAUGAGCCACAUGUCUGAGGCCGGUAUUGAUUUCUUCGAGAUUUCCGGCUCAGAAGCUUGUCUCAUGGCCAAGCCCUACAAAAGCAAGUCUCAAGAGUUCAACAUGAAGGAGGCUACACCAGAAGAAAAAGAAGGCUUUCGAGCAUCAGACAGAGCAGAGUGGGAGACAAUACAAGAUCUUCACGCCGUCAGAGUGCUCACAUUGAAGGAAUCCAGACAGAUCAGAAGAGAACGACCUCAUCGCAUACUGCAGUCAAGGUUUGUCAGAAGAAAGAAGCCCAUGCCUGGAGUAGGCAAGUGGAAAUUCAAGUCUCGAUGGUGUGUGCUUGGCCACAGUGAUCCAGAUAGCGGCACUUACACCACGUACUCUCCCAUGCCGAUGACCGAAAGCAUCUCCAUCUUUUUUCAGCUUUGCACCAACAUGAACAUGUGUGUGACCUUUUGCGACGUGACUCAAGCAUUCUGCCAGUCCGAACCUUUAGAUAGGCCACAGGGUGGACUCUAUGUUGAAGCUUGUGAAGGACUAGGUCUUCCUGCCGGAACCCUGGUUCAACUGGUAGCUCCAGUAUAUGGUCUGGAAGAUGCCCCGAUUCGGUGGCAUCAAACAGUCAUUCAUUUUCUCAUGGAGCUCGGUUUUCAACGAAGUUUGCUGGAACCAUGUUGGUAUGUGAGAAGGGAUGAGAACAAUGAAGUGGAGGCCAUGAUUUUGGUCGAAGUUGACGACCUGAACGUGGCAGCCAGACCAGAACUGAGAGAUCAGCUUCUAGACACUCUCGCUUCUAGGUUUCGUUUUGGCAAAAUGGAGUAUGACGAGGCUGACUUUGCUGGGCGACAUGUCAAGAUCCUACCGAGCCGAAUUGAGAUGAAUCAAGAAAAAUACAUCCUCGAGAAGCUCCAUCCGGUGAAGUUGUCUCUCGGCCGAAAAGGCAACAAGUCGGCAACCUUGCUACCAGAUGAGUUUGAAAGCUUUAGAUCUAUGCUAUAUCGAGUAGCGUACGGCGUCCGGAAGCUGAAAUCCGUCGGCCCCGCGGUGGGGCCUGAGCUGGCUGUGAUGGAAGCCUGGCCCAGCAACAAGCGUGUAGGCGUUGGAGAGGAGGGCGAGGUCUGUGUGAAAGGUCCAUGUGUGAUGAAGGGCUAUGAGAUGCGGCCCCAUAUGGACAAGGACCCCAACGCGGAGGCCUUCACCGACGGCUACAUGAGAAGUGGCGACAAAGGCUGGAUGGAUGAGGAUGGUUACCUCUACCUCAUUGGUCGCUUCAAAGAGCUCAUCAACCGCGCGGGCGAGAAGAUCUCACCCUUCGAAGUGGAAGAUGCGAUCCGGCGACAUGCAGACGUCAGUGAUGUCCUUUGCUUCUCCUGCCCGCAUUCCAUGCUGGGGGAAGCUGUGGGCGCGGUCAUCAUCCCCAAGGAAGGCAAAACGGUGAAGCUCUUCGACCUUCGCCAGUGGCUCAUGAAGGACAAGGUCUUGCAAGACAAGUGGUGUCCGGAGGUCCUGGUGACCAUGAAGGAGCUCCCCAAAGGUGCCACCGGCAAACCUGCCCGUGUGAACCUGGCGAAGAAGCUGGAGAUUGCGGAGACAGAGGAGAAUAUGAUGGAGUUUGCUUGGGAAGAUUGGAACACAGAGUCUCGCAGAGUGUGGCAACGCACCGCUGGGGCUAUGCGUGCUGCCUGCUCUGUGAGAAGGAUGCCGAAUGUGGCAAGGUUCCGGCCCUGGAAGCCGCGAGUGGCGAGUCCGGACUGCCCGGCGAAGGGCUCGUGGGUUCCGUUGCCGCCGCUGGUGGAGCUGCAGCUGCAGUGGCCCAAGAAGCAAGGUGCAAAGCGGGAUGAGAACCAGUUUCGCUGGAGCAAUAAAGAGCAACAUUUAGGUCUGCCUGCCCCAUACCCUUCAGCUCGGAUUCCCAAGGCUGCGGAGGCCGCAUCUGCCCCGACCCCUGCGCGGGGGACGGCGGAGGUGGUGCGGAUCUUGGGCAGUGACAAGACGAAGCCCUUCCAGGUCCUGGGACUUCCCACCGUGGGCGCCACCAGCUACGCGGUGAGGACGGCCUUUCGGCGCCUGGCCUUGCUGGUGCACCCGGACAAGAACCCCGGCGAAGAGGAGCGCUGCCACCAGGCGCUCCUCCGUGCGCAGCAGGCGCGGGAAGCGGCGCUGGCGCUCUUAGCGUCGCCACCAAAGGCGGCUGAAGGGGCUGGUGUGCAGGCCCCAAAGGGGCCCACGCGGGGCCCAGCACCAAGGCCCAGGGACGAUGCAGCGAGCGCCGCUCGGGAACCGCAGCACCGGAAGGAGUUCGCCUCGGCGGAGGCAUAUGUUUCCUACGCCUUGCAGUAUGUGUUUGACGAGUGGCAGCGCUUUGUGGACCUGGCACUUGGUGGCCCAAACGACGAGAAGCGAAAGAAGGCCACCGAGAAGCGUGCCGUGGCGGCGGCCGCCUCGGGCGGUGCUGAGGGCGUCUUGAGAUCACAAGUCGCCAUGCAGCAAACCUCCAAGUCGGUGAAGGCCUUGCAGAAGCUGCUGAAGAAUCAGGCGCUUGGCAAUGAUGUGCUCGCCAAAGUGGAGCGAGUCUGCCGUGGCAUGCUGUGCAAGGAGUAUGUUGAAGCCAAUCAGGCUGGUGCCGGGGCAGUUUUGUGCCGGCCAAAGACUCAUAGGACCCUGGAGUUCAUGGACCAGAAGGCGAUCCUCUUCGACGAGGCGGACGAGUCCACGCACGAGCAGAUGCAGUGCCACCAAGAGUUCCAGGGGCUCGUGACACAACUCUUCCUCUCGCACUUGGCAGAGGUCUCCAUCAGUGAAGAGCGCGUGGAAGCCUUUCUGCAGGAGGGUCUGCGGAAAGGGGCGCUGCACCGGGCAUUGGCCGAGCAGCUCUUGGCGGCGGAAGACUUCUUGAGCUUCAAAGCCAUGAUGUGCAAGCACAACGCGGAUCUUCGUCGCGAGGUCAUGACGGUGGACGACAGCGACCCGAAGUCGCCCGGCGUCCAGCUGUCGGGCCUCGUGUCGGAUGUCGUGCGCAACUCCUUGGAGUCGGGCCUGGACGAGUGGCAGAUCUACGAUGCACCCCAGUGGGAUGCAGGCGCCGAGAGCGACGAGGCACGCCGCAAGCGCGAGGAGGCGGAGCUGCAACAGGCCAUCGCGCUGUCGCUAAGCAUUGAGGAGGAGAAGUUGCGACAGUUGGCCCAGGAGCAUCUUCAUGUGGAGCCUCCUCCUCCGCCUUUGGCUGCCGGCUUCGUCUCAGCGCCCCUGUGCCACCUGCCGCCGAAGCCCUUCCUGGAGGCGUCCUGUUCUCCGCCAGCGGAAGCCACGGACGCGGAGCCCUUCUCGCCGCGGCUGGUGCCGGUGGCGCCCAUGGUCGCGCGGAAGCCGUGGGGAUUCACCUCCGCUCCCUUGAUGGCAAGGCCACGCCCACCGCCAUCUCCACCACCGUCGCCCGCCGAACCCGAGUGCGCCGAGUCCCCGGCGCCUCCGGCGGUGCCGCGGCUCCCGGGCAAGGCCGGCUUCAUCUCGGCGCCGCUCUGCAUGGUGCCACCGAAGCCCCGCGCCCUGGCCGUCCCGACCGCGGCGGAGGAGAACGCGGAAGCGGAGGAGGUGCCAGCACCGCCGACACCGGAGGAAGAGGAGGAGGCUUCGCUGGCGGCGGUGGAGAAGUAUCGCAGCAAUCUACGCCUCUGGAAGAGUAGGGCUUCCCUGGCGGUGGAGCCACUGCCGGAGGUUUUCAAGGAGGCGCGGCGCCUGCGUCUGCUGUCCGAUGAGAGCCAUGUGGAGCCCUCCGAGGAAGAGCGGCUGAAGCGGCUUGAGCAUUUGAGGAGGCAGAGAGACUUGCUCAUCGACAAGCGCAUGCAGGAGCGCCACCAACAACUGGAAGAUUUCGCGCGGCAAGCGCCCGACGUGGACGGAAGAGGUUUGACCCGCGAGGACCAGGCCGCUGUGGGCCGCCGCCUUGUCGCUGAGCUGAGCGGCGCACCGGCCGCGGCCGCGAGCGGCGCAGUGGGGCCCGAGGCAGCUGCCCAGAUGCGGCAGGCACUCACCCGCCAGUUGCUGCAGAGCUUGGCCUCGUCCAUGCAGAGUGAUGCUGCGACCUUGGAAGACCGUUUGAGUCAACUUGAGACCAUGAGAUGGAGCGCAGAGCGGCGGCCAAAGCCGUUUCCGACUGAAGCCACUGGGCGCGUUCCCCCAAAAUCGGACAAAAUCGGAUCCGUGGUCACGGAUCCAUGGGAGAUGAUUGGAACAGAUCCUAUACAAGAUCGCAGCUUUCGACGCAAAGAGACGCUGAGCUGCGCUCUGCACCGACUGAAGCCGCCACGGGGAGCUCUAUGUGCUUAUUUGGACCUGGCCAUUGGCAACAAGGCCUGGCAUAGUGAGGUGCCUACCCUUAUGGAGGGUGGCAUGGAUGGCUUGUCCGGCGUGGACAGAGGACGCAUGUCGCUGGCACGCACCGCCCAACGGUUAAAUGCGCAGAGGGUGAAGUCCUCCAUGGAUGACGAGGAGGUGCGUAGCCAUGUGGUGGCCUUGCGGCGCCUCGUGACGGUGGCGCAGGUGCGGGAACCGCACGCGUUGCCGACGCCGCAGACCCCGCUGCAGCGUCAUGGAAGCGUGCGCUUCUCUCCCGCGGAACUCAUGAGAGUGAACCGGGGCAUCACUGCUUCAGCCCGAUCGGAGCUCUGGGAGAUCUCCUUGGACAUGUUGAAGCGCGUGGAUCUGUUACGCCUUGAGGCAGAUUGCAUCAGCUACAGUUUCAUCUCCUCCGCCCAGUGGUGGGUCGGUUUAGGGCUUUUCACCUCAAUGCUCCACAAACUCAUUUGGCCAGAUGUCAUCAGCUGCUCCCACGUGCUCAACCAAACCAAGCUUAGUAGGUCCUGGUGGAUGAGUAUGAGAUUCUUGGAGAAGAUGAAGAACUUCAGGACCAGACCUGAUUUGGUGAAUUACAAUAACGUCUUGAGUGGCUGUGCGAAGAGCUCACACUGGCUUUCCAGCUUGACACUCUUGUGCCGGAUGAAGCAUCUCCAAGUUUCUCCAGAUAGCAUCAGCUAUAACGGCUGCACCCCAUGCAGAGCACAGUGGCAGAUGGCGGCAAGACUUCUGAAGCUUCAUGGGAUUGAGGCGCACCUCAUCAACUACAAUACUGCCAUCAACAUUUAUGAACCCUGGCGUGAAGCUUUCCAUGUUGUAAGGAGCCUGGAAGAAGAGGGGCUUCUGCCAGAUACCAUCACCUACAAUCUGAUGAUCAAGAAGUCUGAGGAUGCCGGCCAUUGGAUGAAUGCGCUGUCGCUCUGGUCGCACCCCGCGGAGCGACCGCCGGGGCGGACGCUGGGCGCCUGGCGUUGGACGUUGGCCGCGCGCGCCGCGGCUCCGCGCGCGGCGGGGCCCCGUGCGUGCCGGGGAGUGGAGGAUUUGAAUGCGAUGAUCGGUGCUUCUUGGUCGGCUCCUUGGUUCUGGGCGCUGGAGUUGCUCACUUCCUCCAGAUGUCGACCGGACGUGAUCAGCUUCUCCUCUGCAAUGGGCCUCGCGCGUGGCGCACAGCGCGAGGACGAAGGCUGGGGCUUGGGCGUGCGGCUGUUGGCUGUGAUGCGGCUGGAUGGGGUACGUCCCAACAUCAUCUCCUACAACAGUGCCAUAGACCUUUGCGAUAAAGCUGGGCAAUGGCUGGCUGCAGUAUCUCUCCUUGUCUUCAUGCUUUCUUCUCAGGAAGAGCCAGACAGCAUUAGCUACAACUCCUCCAUCCGAGCCUGCGCCUGCGGCACUGGACAGCUGCAGAUAGCUUUGCGGCUGCUGGCGCAGAUGGAAGCGCAGAGGCUAUCUCCCACGACGGUGACUUACAACAGCGCCAUCUGCGUGUGUGAGCCACGCGGGAGCUGGGCAUGUGCCUUAAACCUUCUGGAAUCCAUGGCGGCAGCGCAAGCACCACCAGAUGUCGUCAGCUUCAGCAGCAGCAUCAGCGUGUCUGAAGCGGCCGGAUUCUGGGAGCUGGCUUUGCAACUUCUCAACACUCUGGAGAUUUCUGGAAGGGUGCCAGAUCUCUUCAGCUUCAAUAGUGCCAUCAGUGCAUGUGAGAAGGGCGGUCAGCUGGACCUCGCUUUGAAGCUCAAGAACUGCUUGCUGCAGCAGGGCCGCCUUUCCCCAGACGUCUUGACCUUCAGCAGUCUGAUCAGUGCUGCAGCAAAGGAUCGUCACUGGUGUACUGCACUGAAAUCGCUUGAAGAGAUGGAUCUGGGCAGAGUGGCACCAAGCCUCAUCACCUACAACAGUCUGAUCAGUGCCUGUGGAGAGACGUUUCUGGGAUGGGCCAUGGCCUUGAGCUUCCUGAAUGCCGCCCAACUCGCAGGGUGUCGGCCUGAUGUGAUCACGCACAGCAGCAGCAUCUCCAGCUGUCAUCGUGCCACGCAUUGGCCGCACGCGUUGACUCUGAUGGAGCAGGGGAACAUUAUCAGCUGCGAGAUGCUGAUCAAUGCCUGCACAGCUGAUGGAGCUGCUUUGGGUCAUGUCCCGCGUUUCUUGUGCACCGCAGACCGCCUUGGACGGUCACUGUGUCAACGAAGUUUGAAGGGCCACUAG